AACGUCAAAUCUCAAAUAUGGCGACUUGUUUUGCCAACUGGACAAAGUCCUGUCAUUAGCACAAAUAAUGCUAUUUUUGCUUUGUUUACAUCCUAUGUUACACAAUAUUUUGAAUUCUACAUUAUUGCAGUGAUAUGUGACGCUAGUUUACAGCCAUAAACAUGUCGUGGUUGAAUUUAAAUCAAAGUUUGAAUAGCCUUAAAGGGCAAAUAACUAAUUUCGCUUCUGAGGUCCUAUCCGAAGCUCCUGUGAAUGAUGAAGUGGAAGGACCUUCAAGAACGGACUCUAAAGUGACUGAACUCGAAGAUAAAUGCCGCAAACAAGAGCUCGAGAUCGCAUCUCUACAAAAGCUGACUGAUGAACUAAGAGCUUCGUUGCAAUCAGAGAGGCUCACCAGAAAGAAUGGCGUACGAGAAGACGAGACCAGUUGGUACUGGGACCCUCCGUCGCAAGCACCUUCCAUCAACCAAGAUCUUGAAAACCAAUAUAAAGUACAAAUACGUGCUCUGCAAGAUGAAAUAUCCUCCUUGAAAGAACGCGCUACUAUAGACCUCAGGCCUGACGCUGAAGAAGAGUUGAACAGGUUGAGAGAAGAGAACCAGAACCUAACUGUUAAUCUGGAAGAUCUGGAUAGUCAACAUCAACAAGCUAUGGAACGGCUAUUGUCCCUAAAGAAAGAAUUGCAAAAGAAUUUCGAAGUUCUUAAAGAAGAGCACGAGGACCUUAAAAAUACCAAUGAUGAAUAUGCAGUUGAGAUUAAAAGUUUGUUAGCCAAAGUGGGAGAGAGGGAUAAAGAAAUAGAAGAAUUCAAAUCUAAGAAUGCUGAUUAUGAAACGCUGUAUCAUAAGUAUCAGAACUUAGAAAGGAUACACGGUUUGUUGAGAGAAAAUGCUGAGAAAUUCCAAGAAGAAAAUCAGGAAUUGCACGAAGAAGUGUUCAAAUUACAGGAACAAGUCACUAAGUAUGAGCAUGAUUUGGAGAUUGCAGUCAAAAAUUCUCAGUUAUCAAACACUGUACCUAAAGAGAAGUAUGACGAAGUACUAAAAGAACUCAAUGAAUUAAAAGACAGGAGGAAUGCUAACCAAGUGCAUUUAGAUGAAAUCAAUAUUGAUGAUAAUGCUAAAAGUGUAAUUGAAAACCUAAAGCGUGAUAUUCACGAUUUAAAACAUAAAUUAUCUCAAAAAGAGUUUGAUCAAGUGCAAGCUAAUGCCGAUCAUAAACUCAUUAAAGCUGAAAAAAUCAUGCAACUUUACAAUAAAUACGUUAAUUUCGAGCUCCCUAUAGAUUAUGUGGGAGAGAUACCUUCUCCUGGCGUUAAUAUAGUGCUCUACAAAUUAGAGAGCGUAUUCAAAACGGUAAACUCAUUCAAAAAAGACAUAGAUAACCUUGAGCAUAAACUUUCAGAGAAAAAUCUAAACCUCAAUCAUCUGCAGACUCAAAUCGAUGACCUGACAACGGAAAAUGACUUUCUUACUACAGAUAUACAACAUUUCGAAAGUGAACUCAAUGAGAUGAAGAAAAAUAAUGAUUUUCUGAUAUCAGAAAUAGCAGCACUUAAAAAUACGUCAAAACUAGAACCUAUUAUUGAGACUCAUGAAGACAAUUUAGCAAAAUUAGAGACUGAACUUGCUGAUUGUAAUAAACUUAAUAAAGACUUUGAAUCUGAAAUUAAAAGGAUAGAAAAAGAGUUGAAUGAGGUUAGAAAAGAGAAAACCAUAUUACAAGAUAGUUUAGGGGAUCUUAAAACAAAAUACACAAACAUGUUGAACGAAAUGGAACUCUUCAAAAACCAGACGAAAGCUGUUGAAGAAUUAGAAAACACAGCAAACACUCAAUAUACGGAGAAAAUCAAGAAAGUCACAGAUGAAGUUGAUGACCUGAAAAAGAAACUUAAUGCAGCAAAUGCCAAAAACGAACAGUUAUCUAUUGAUAUACAUAUUAUUGAAAAUGAUAAAGUACUUCUAAUAAAGGAGGUCGAUGAUCUCAAACGCAUUCUUGAAGAAAAGGUGUCGGUGUAUAAAGAAUUAGAAAACGAUAGAAUUGCUUUAGAUCAUAAAUUGAAAGACAAAGAAAGGAGGCUGGAAGAAAUGACAAAUCAUACAGAAGAAAUAGAGAAAGUAAACACAGCGUUGCAAAAACAAAUAAAUGAUUUACAAACGGCAUUAUUAAGUAAUAAUACUAACUCAACUGAUGACCUAGAAAAAAUAAUUGCUGAAAAAGCAAAAUUAUCUGAACAACUUGAUUCCAUAAUCAAAGAAAAUGCAACACUAAUUGAAACAAAAGAACAACUUAAUAAUAUUAUACAAAAUAUGAAAGUUGAGCAGGAAAAGAUCAUAACCGAAAAUAAUGCUCUUAAUAAAAAUAAUACCAAAACUCCAGAAGAUGUAGCGCCACUCCAGGCCGUUAUCGACGAAUUAAAGGCCAAAAUUAUUCAGCAAGAUGUACUAACUAAUGAAAUUACUAGCCUAAAAGACGAAAAUCAUAAACUCAAUGAAAGAAAAUUGCAACUCGAGACAGAAUUAUCGUCUACAGAUUCUAAAAUAGUCCAUUUGGAGGAAGAAUUUGAGAAACUUAUAGUAGAUCUGAACGAGAAGGAUACUUUGAUAGACGGCCUUAACACUACAGUUAAUCAAAAUAAUGUCACUAUAACUAAUUUGACGCAAAACAAUAGUGAUCUAGAACACGCGGUGCAAAUCAAAAAUGAAGAAAUAAAACGACUGAAGGUGUCAUUGGAAGAAGCACUUAAGAAAUUGAAUGAUACACAGGGUGAGUUUAAUUCCACUCAAACAGAAGCAAGUAGGUUACGUUAUGAGUUAGAUCAAAUUUUGAAAGAAAUUAUGGAUUUACGGGAUCAAGUGAAUAUUAAAAAUGAUCAAAUAUCUAACAUAACCAGUAAAAAUGAUGAGCUCCAAAAGUCCUCUGAUAACUAUAAAAUCAUAAUAGAUAGUAAAGAUAAAGAAAUCAAAGAACUGAACCAGUCGAUAGUCGAAUUGACUGACAAAUUAAAAACAACUGACAACACAAGACAUCAUAACGAUGAAUACGCAAAAUUGCUUGAAGAAAAGAUCACAAUAGAAAAUCAGGUCACUGAAUUGAAAAGCAACUUAACCGUUAAAGCGUCAGAGCUUGCUGAUUUACAAUUAAAAUACGACCAAAUUGAAAAUACAGUUGGUGAAUAUAAAACAGCUAUUGACAACUCAACCGCUGAAAAGACUGAGCUAAUCAAUUUGAUAAAUCUGAAACACAAUGAAAGCAUGCAAUAUCAUAAUGAGAUUCAGCGGUUGAACCACGUCAUACUUGAACAGACUAAUGAAUUUAAACGUAUUAUUGAAGAAAGGGAAAGGUUACUGCAUAAUGCUUCAGAAAAUUGUUCCGCUUGUGAAAGCCUGAAGAUAACAUUGAAGGAAAAGGAUGAAAUCAUCGUAGCUUUGAAUCAAAACGCAAGUGAAUAUGAAAGGGUGAAGACAGAAUUGGCCAACGCUUCCGAGGUUGUGAGAAAUAUGACUGAGAAAUAUGAUAAUUUGGAUAAAAACCUGGCCAUACAACUUGAGACUGUUAAGAAAUUGACAGCAGAAAACGCACAGUUGUCAGAACAAGAGCAAAACUCUUCGCGAGAGUUGGAACGCCUGCGUCGCCAUCUAGUGGAGACGGAGGAGAACUACACGCAAGAGCUUAUGUCCUCGGAGCAAAAGUUGACCGAGUGUCAGACGCGGCUGCACCAGGUGGAGGAAAGAGCCAAGCAGACCAGCACGGUGUAUACUAGUAAUAGCAUAAGAGCAAACCAAGAAGUAGAAACUUUAAGGAACCAAAUCAAACUGCUAGAGAGACAGAGGGAAGAGGUGCAGGCGAGGCUGAGCGAGGCAGACGACGCGAGGAUCAGGAGCGAAGCAGCCCUCACAAACCUGCAAGUCGUAUUGGAGCAAUUCCAAUUAGAUAAAGAAAGAGACAUCCACGCGGCAACAGAGAAAAUAAGAAACAAGAUGGAAGAUCAGAGGCGACAGAACAAUAAACUCCAGGAGGAAAUAGCCAGGCUGAACGCCAAGUUGGAGGAGGCGUCUGCUGGACUGCAGGCUGCUGCCAGGCUUGGAGACCAGGUCGAAACUAAGACAGCACAGAUCAACGACUUGAAGGACCAAGUAAGAACGCUACAGCAAUCGGUUGCGGCCGCUGAAGAGCGUUACUACAACGCGAUAUCCAAUCAGCAGGACAAAGUGGACAAGAAUCUUGUUAAAAACCUAGUCAUCAACUACGUGAUGACUGCCGCACAGAAUAAUAUUAAUAAAACACAGGUACUCCGAAUCCUGUCCACCGUCCUGGACUUCAACAAGCAGGAGUGCGAGAAGCUGGGCCUGUCGAAGUCGACGCCGCCGGACAGCCUCGCGGCGGAGUUCGUGCGGUUCCUGCAGGACGAGUCGCGGCCGCGCGCCACGCUGCCCAACAUGAUGGGCAUCACCAGGAGUACUACUCCGAGCUCCAGGAAGAGUUCUACUGUCGGCCCACACCCAGUAUUCGAACCGGGACACCGUCGCAACCCAUCAACGGGCUCAAACAACCUGCUGUUCCAGAACAUGGACUCCGUGGACACGGCGUCGCAGUUGUCCCGGGACUCUGACCGGGAACCUAGAGUCAUGAGUCAUAUGGAGACCGGAGUUAACCAGACCCGAAACACAGAGGGCGCUAUACUAAAAUCUGUUUUGAGAGACAUGUGACUUGAGUUAUAAUGAGGGUAGGUGUACAACCUGAAGUGUUUGAACGUUUCAAAUCCGACUAAAUUCUUUGGAUUUUAUUAAUUUUGAUCUACCUAAUUAGGUAUUUGGAGAAUCGAUAAAAUAUACUAUCUGACAGUGGUAUCGGCUAGGAAGAUCACUUCAUUAAUUUUUUGAAAAUGAAAAAUGGAAUAAGUUUUUUGUUUAAGACAUUUUAAUAUUGAAUUACUUGGAUUGUACCUGAUUUUUAAUAUGGGUGCCCUUUUCUGACUAUGCUACUGUCCAGUUAGAGUCUUACUACAUGUGGGUGAACUCAGAUCAAGGUCAACAUUUUCACGAUUCUGCCAAUAGUUUAAAUUAGCAAGAAAACUUCUAGGUCUUGCGCAAGCGGUUUUUACUUCGUAAAAUAUCUCUGCAAAGUCUGGAAAUUUUGAAAUGGCACUUGCGUCAAAGUCGUAUGUGUUGAUUUAACUAUUGCUGGUAUGUUAACUCACUUGGGAGUUCUUGCGCAAUAUAUUGCCAAGACUUGCUAGUCCAACCUUAUCUUACUAUGUUUCGGUUAAUUUGAAAGAAAAUUUCAAUACUCUUGCUAUCAUGAAAGUAAAGUGAUAUUAAAAAAUAAAUUAUUUGUUGACUUCUGUCUUUUACGGAUAUAAUAAAACUUAUUAUAAUUCAAGUUAAUGUUAUAUUUUAAAUUUUAAUAUUGUAUAUAUGAUUUAUACUACCCACAAUAAGGUAUGUAGUUCAGAAGGAAAUUAUAAUCUAAUAAUCUCAGUAAUAAACGCUGUAUACAUCUUAUUUACACAAUGUUUUGUCUCGCUUCCUCUAACGGUAAAUGUCAUUGAACAAAGCAAGACAAAACACUGAAUAACUAUAACACGUAUACAAUGAUUAUUCGUAAAGUAAAUGUAUUAAAAAAAACAAUAGUAAUCCCAUAAUGAAAUAUGCGAAGUCUGAGAGUUCAAUGUUUUUGAGUCAAAAUAUAUUUAAUCUGUAAUACUUCUGUAAUCAUGACCCGGUGUCUAUUAUUUUAGUAAUAUAAUAUAAAUAUUACAAAUAAUUUAAUUAGUAGUGAUGGCCUAAAAUACAAACAUUAGCAUCUACUGAGAAAUCAUUGUAAAAUGAGUCCACAAAUGUAUGAGUCAGCGGUGAUACAUACGUUAAUCACAUGUGAUUCAUAUCUAGGAAUUUUAAAUGGUUUAUGCGUAAUAUAAAGUAAUAAAGUAAGCUUCGCAAUAACUUGAUUACUACUCGAUAUGAUGUAUUAGUAAACCUUGAUAAUAAAACAAUUAAUAACUCUGGUGAAUCAUGAAACUCCGGAAUAAAAGCAUAGAUCAUUUUACGAUUUGUGGUAUGCAUAAUCAAUUGCUGUGGUAAAUGUAUAAUUAUUUGCAGUUCUGUUCAGUUCUGUUAAUGUUAAGUCAUUAUAAAGGCGAUUGCGCUGAGUCACCGGUGAUACAUAGACCAUGAUCUUUUUCAUCAUAAAACCGUAAAAUUGUUUUGGUGUGUACUGUGAACAUGUCGGCUUUAUUGACUGAUCUAUACCGCUGUUAUCACGGGUGAUUCAUACGAACCUUUUUUAUUUUACUCACAAAAUCGACGCCAAUCAAAAACAUCAAGUUUGUUUGUUAUAACUGUUAUGUUUACAAAAAAAUAUGAAUUAUAACCUGACCAGGAAAUUAAAAAACCAGAUCUGAGGCACCGCUUAUUUUCGUUUUAAAAUUAACGUUGUCAAUAUUAGAAAAUAGUUUAAUUUUUUUACAAGAUGUUGUGUCAUUUUAUUUCCCUGGUCAGGCUAUACAUUGGAUAAUCAGAUUUCAAAGAAAAUGUAAUAUAUUCGCAAAAUGGCAACGUUUUUAGUGGUUAAAUUCGAUUCCCACGUCAUGAAUGUUAUAAUCCAGAAAUAUUAUUUUUUAAAGUUCUUUGUACUUGAUUUACAGCCGUUUUCAAUAAACGAUUCCAAUCUCAAUCUUCAAUCCGAUUUCGAAUGAAACAAUCAAAAUAACUCAUUUUAAUGUCAAAAAUACUUUGUUCUGAUUGGUCUUUUUUUAAAAUCGAAAAAGCGAUUGGGAUCGUUUAUUGAAAAUGGAGGAUAAUUACACAAAUGGAUAUUGUGGAUCCCUGAAUUUUCUUAUUUCUUUUUUUACACUGGCAAUGUUAAUUUAAAAUGUUGCCAUCUAAAUAUAAUUUUUGAUUUAACAAUUAAUAUAAAAUGUGAUAAAUACUAUAAUUAGCAUUUAUAUCUGAUUUUCAAUUUUCCAGUAGUGCUAGAUAGAGCGUAGAAUUUUAAUUUGGUGCCUUAAUUAAAUGUGAUGGCCGUAAUAUAUACCUAGUUGCGAUUACUUUUAAAUUGCUUUUGCCUUGUAUCGUUUAUUUUGGCAACAGAACGGUGUGUGUCGUCUUGGUAAUUAUAAUGGUAUUUACAAAUUUAAUAAUUGUUUUUAUGAAAAUGUUAUUUGAUGUUGUAAUGAACUAUAAAUAGUAAUAUGCUAAUGACAUACUGAAAAUCGUAUGUAAUAUUAUACAAACAUCUUACUUUGGUCUUACUCAAACAUGCUGUUUCGAGCAGGCCGGCAUAAUAAUCUCGACUCUCGACAUUUACCACCGGAACAGUGGGGUCACUUUGGCGUAUAAAAAAAUGCCAUACACCGUUUUGGUUGCUUCUAAAUUUUCCUACUUUGGCCGCCAUCUAUUGUAGCCUUAAGUUUGUACACAGAUUGUUGGCUAUUGUCCCAGUUAUCGAUAUGACUAGUCAAAACUUCAUCAAUAAAGGUAUAGCCAAGUCCUAAAGAAGAAUAAAGGAUGAUACCUUAAACUUUACCCAAAAAAUUGCAAACUAUCGAAAAGUAAUUUGGGUGCAUUUAUUGCUUUUAAUCUGAUUUUAAUGCUGUUAAUUUAAAGUAUUACUUGAAGAAGAAAGUAAUUUCGCUAGUUAUAUACCGGGAGAAUAUGUCGGCAAUCUUGUAAAUAAUGUAAAUUUUGUAAUUUAUGCUCUUAACAUUCUAUAAUCAAUAUAAAUUCUUGAAAAUAUAAAUUAUAUGUAAAUAUUACUUGCACAAGAAUUAGUGCUUUCUAUUUAUGCGUUCCAAAUUCAAAUGUUUCUUAUUUCAAAUAACUUCAUGUUCUAAAUUCAAAACUUUCUUUUUUCUCGAAUGUUUUUUUUAAUUUUAAAAACCUUUUUAGUUCAGGUGACAUUCCAACUUUUUGUGUCAACUUUGUCGAACCAAUAAUUUUCAUUACUUAUUGUUUAUUUUUACCUCUCUAUCAACUAACUAUGACUUUUUGUCUAACUUCAUUAAUCUAAUUCUUGUGUAAGUUGUAACAAUGUAAAUUUAGUUUGUGAAUACCCAUGCCAUUUAAACUAAAGUGGAUAACAUAGAUAUUAUUCGUUUCAUAUUGUUCAGGUAAAUAAAUACGUGAAUAACGAAA